AUGGGAGUGAAUUCUAGGGUUGGGGUGGUUAUUAGAGAUAUGUUUGGCAGGGUUAUUGCAGCUCUUUAUAAGUCUCUUCCAUCGCAAUUCCCAGUUGAUUGGACGAAUCUUUAUGCUUUAGAGCAAGGCAUUAUGUUGGCGCAGGAAAUGGAACUCUCCCAAGUCAUCUUUGAAUUAGAUGCUCUCUUGGCUAUCCAUGCUAUUCACCAAGGCAUUACUGGGGGUGAAGUUGGGCACUUGGUAGAAGGUAUUUUGCAAGCCAAGGCUUCCUUCUCUUGCUACUCUUUCAAUCACUUGAAAAGGGACUACAAUAGGAUUGCUCAUAAGCUUGCUCAGUUCGCUAAGAUCAACCAUUGUACUCAAGUUUGGAAAGGUGUUUCCCCACCUUUUGUAUCUCAUCUGAUUCUAUCAGAUUUAGAGCCUCCUAAUUUGUAUCCCUGCUGGUGGCUCUCUGUUAUCGCUUCAGUUUUUGGUUCUGGUGAGUUAGAUAAUGAUUUAUGA